AGAUGAGACUGACAUAAAGAAUUUCUUAUUGUAAAGUUUGAUACUUAAUUAAUAUACAUCCUUUCAUAAUUGGAACAAGGUAUAACCACAUUAAUGAAUAAUCAGGGAUAUUUUUUCAUCAUUUGGUAAAUUGAUGAUUUGUUACGAAUCCUAGCCACAAUUAUGCGCGUAUAGGGAACUUUUUUAACAUUUGGAUAUUCAUUGUGUUCCCUAAACGCCACAGGUCGACUGAUUCAAACCAAUGUAAAAUACAUUUUUCAAUUGAUACUCCACAAUAUUUAACACUGCUCUGUUAAAUACAAACACAAAAGUUACACAUAAAAUAUUUUGAGCUCUUACUACACUUAGUGUUUCAUGAAACAUAAAUUCAGAUCAAUCUGUCAACAAAGCAUCGCCUGUUAUGAACUACCGAGUAGGUGCCCAUUAUCUUUCCGCCCGAUAUACUUAGCGCUGCGAUCUGUCAAUCUUGGCUAGGAAAACAACAAGUGGGAUAUGGACGCACAGAGUCGCCAAAACAAAAAUCGUCAAAGGCUCUGAAGUGGCUGUUUAUAUGGACUAUUAAGAAUCUCUAUUAAAUUGCAACGCGGACUUUAAUCUGCCGAGUACAGACAUUGUCACAAGACUAUGAUGUCCAUUUAUGUUAAAUCUUUAUGGUACAGACUAAUCUUAACCCGCCGAGAAUUACAGCCACAAACCUGUGAGGCAAAACAUUGGUGCAAAUGAAGCUACACUAACAGUAAGUUUUCUUCCAUUUAUUUUUUCUUGGGGUUAAAACAAAAUAAAUUCUCAAACUUACAAGGCAAAACAAACGACAAAUUAUCUAUAGGAAUGUUCUUGCUAGGAGAGAAAUGAGUGGGAAAGUCCCCGGUAGGCCUCAGGUUGUCAGAGACUCUGAACACACCAACCUAGUGUUGUUUGGAGACAGUGCCUUUACUCAUCAGACAAGGUCAUUUACCAAUGCAGGCUUGUUUUAUCAUGGAUAUCAUGAAAAUAUUAACCAAUAUAUCAACAAUCAAGAUCAAGACUUACGUAAACUGUCAGAGACUCAACAUAUGUAUAAAACUAGUGACUCUAGCCCAUUGAACCAAUUUUGGAAAAGUAAAAUUCCUGACAUCACCAAUGACUCUAGUCUCAAUGACACAGAGGAGCAUAAGGGUUUCUUUAAUCCAAGGCCUCCCAGUGUUGUCAAUAUGCCACCAAGCUCACACACUGUGGUGGAGGGGGCGGUGGCACGACCUAACAGUGUAGUCACAGGAAGACCACCGAGUGGGCUCGGCAGGCCUGGCAGUGGGGUUAGGAGAUCUGAGGGCACUAGCAGACCAUCUAGUAGAAUCAGUCGCCCUUCAAGUGCCUACAGUCACCAUGGUAACAGGACUGCUGAAUCUCCAUGGCCUUUGGAUUCUGACCCAAGUGACCCAGAUCAUGAACCAAUGGGGGAUGUAUUAUCAAGACUGGAAGAGUAUCGGGAGAACUUUGUGGCGAGUGUAAGCACUGCGUGUACAGACUGUGAGUGUGAGACAGAAGAACAGCGUGUAGCAAGCCGUCUAGCUCGGGUCUAUGACAGUGUAUCAGAAGACUCUCAGUCGGAUGAAGAAGAUGCAGGUGUGUCCCUGGCUGUGCUGUUGAAGACAUUUGACCAAUACGAGACCCGUGGUCACUCUGCAUCCCGCCAGAAGGCCAUGAUGACACUUGUCAACUCAUACAUUCCACAUGAACCUGUCUCGCAUGAACAGUUUAAACAAGUGAUGGUUUACAUGACAACCAGUGUGUGUCAGGUGCAGGAGGCAUGUCUUGUCAUUGUCAAGCACUGUGUGCGGUCACCUAGCAACCUGGCUGUUGCCCUUGACAAUGGCAUUAUUAACUUCCUGCAUGACUGCCUCCAGAUCCAGACACAUUUCCACCUCCGUAAAAUGGCCCUCCCUGUGCUGGAAGCUAUAUUUGCCUACCCGGACCACCGUGACUGCUGGUAUGAGGAAGCUACAGUACACUUCCUGCCCAAGCUGGUUGCCAUGGUGAAGGGCCAGGGCCCACUCAAUGUCAAGUAUGCUGCCUGCUGUGUGUUUCGCUCUAUUGCACUGUAUGAGGACUUUAUUCCAUAUGUGACACAGGAAAUACUGCCCACCGUUCUUCACAUGAGAAAUGCUAGUGCCAAAUUCAAGGAGGUGUAUGUUGAAAUCCUAGCUGGAGUUCUGUCUCACACAGGGACAGUUCCCCCAGAGCUUAUUGACAACAGCGCCAUACCCAUCACUGCUUCCAUCAUCAGAGAGGGACCAUGCGGCCCCCAGUGUGCUGCCCUUCACCUUCUUGGAACCUUGACAACCAGUGACCCCGGGGUUGCCAUGGUGAUAGGGACCAAUUCCCUGGUUCCCAUGCUGCUGUGCUGUAUGAAGGACUCACACUGCAGAAAGGUUCGAUCGAAUGCUGUUGAAGUUAUGCGUAACUUGUGCGUCACUCGAAAGUUAGGUCUGUGUAAGGACCUGAUGGUUCAGCUGACUGGAUCGCUGGCCCCUGGGCUUGAACAAGAGUCCCUCACAAACUUGUCCAAGAUGGCUUCCCAUGGGCCCGUUGCCACGGCAACCAAGCCUCGCUUUGAUGAGGAGCGUCACUUGUGGAUGGGGCUGGAAAAGUUUAUUGAUGUAGCCAAAAAUCUCAUCUUUAAAGAAGCCAAGGUGGAUGUGGAUGAACUGGACAUAGUGACCAGUGUUCACCUGACCCCAGGAGUGGACAUCUGCCCUGUCAGACUUGGGGCAGUCACUCAUGCCAUCCAGCUGCUACACUGGGUCUGCCUGUGGCCCCUAGAUAAGUCCAGACUUGGAUUCACCGCUAACAGGGUGGACCUCACCACCUUUACUGAUGAUGACAAACAAAGGUCUCGUCUGUCAAAGAUUAACCGUGGUUUGACGCAAGCUAUAUGGGACAAGGUUGGGUCGGUUGUGACCACACUACUUGCUUCUUACGCAGCAAAGGUCACCAAGGUGGCAGCCAGCUCCCUGAUGGGUCAGUCAUUCUGCUCCCUGGAUGCCAUGUUCGAGUCACAGGAAGUAGCUCUUGUUACGAGCCUCCUUGACAUUCUUCUGUGUUCCGCCUUGUGCACUUGCACAGAGUUCCCAGAACUACUGCCAAAGCUGGAAGAGAAGCCAUCAAAACGGAAAACUAAGUCACAAAGCAAACUGAAGUCAAAUUCAACAUCACAAAUGUCAUCAGAAUUGAAAUCUAGUCAAAACACUGUUGAGUCACGACUUAAAUCCCAGUCAGACUCGGGUAAGGGGUUUGUCGCCCUUGAGGACAAGAUCUGGGUGCGUGACAACCCACACCUGACCAAUAUCCAUGGCAAAAGUGACCCUGGAGCUGCUAAGGAGCGAAGCAGGGCAGAACUGCGACACAAGGAGGCAUGUACAGAGAGACGUCUGCUGCGUAGGUGUCUGUAUGAGGCAGAUGUUUUUGCCUGUGUUUGCCCUUUCCUGAAGUGCCGGGAAGAAAAUGUGCAGCUUGUGGUGUUGCAGAUACUGCGGUGCCUAAUUCAGCCCCUAGAGGAAAGGGUGGCCCCUAAACUUUCAUUCUCUGGUCCAGGAACCAGUGGCAAGUCUAGAAAUAGGCCACAGACAGCUGGGGCUGUUGAGAAUGCGAACAAGCGCCUGAACAUAGCUUUAUAUCAAAUGUCUCCCGACCUGGCCAGCCUGAUCAAGGAUGCCCUGGGCCCCACAGUGACCCCAGGGGAAGAAAAGGCGAAGACAACAGGAUGUGGGAAAGGGGAGAAACAGGUGGUCAUGCCAGGGUCGACGUCUGACCUUGAAACCAUACAUGAAAGACUGCAGGACUACACAGAUAGUACAAAGGACCAAUCACAAGUCUCCACCCCACCCCCUCCCACAGACCCCGCCCCCAGCAGGAGGCCCCGUCCUAUGAUUGACAGGUGUCGGCCCAUUGCUCAGCAGUGUCGGGAGGCCCUCACAGAGGGGCUUGGUGAGAAGCUGGUGUCGGGGGUUUUCACAAAGACUCCCCGUGUGAAGAAACUGUUUGUACUCCUCCUACAUGACUUUGUGCAAUAUGGCGAGGUUGGUAGUCACAUGACGUUGUCUAGUCUGGGAUGUAUGCCGCGUCUGCUUGACUUCCUGCGUACACAUGAGAGCAAUGAACUACUUGAGAUCAUAGGCCUGAUCAUUGUCCGUCUACUGGUAAUGAGUGACCAUCGUCUUCGUCAACUAUUUAACAGACAUGGUGGACCACAGCUACUCCUCUCCAUGGCCCAGUACACACAAGGGCUGCUCAAACAAGAGGUCUCACACACCCUUCAUGCCAUCUCAAAAGUGGAGAAGACGGUCCGUCAGCGCCCGAUGUCUGCCCCUGUCAGUCGCAAGGAGAAGGCUCGGGCUCCAGACAUCUGGGACCAUAUCACGUCCCGAUGGAAGCAGGAAGACCGCGUCACAGGUGUUCUCAGACAGUGGAUAGAUGAUAACAAACAACAUAGAAAGAAGUAGAGGUGUUGGGCUUUGAUUUGGAAGCAUUGCGUGAUUACACAUGGCUUGUGAUGGACAUUUACUGUGAGGGAAACAAACAUAAGAGAGCGAAAAAUAAGGAUCUUAAAGAACUUUACUAAUUUUUUUUUUUAUCAUAUUUUGUAAGUCAGAUGUGUAUUGUUAUUGACUGUCAGUAUAUGUUACUGAUGAUGUAAAUUGCACAUGUGUAGCGAUCAGGUAAAUAAUUUAGUAAUUUAGCUACAUGUAUGCCUCUUGAAAAUAAUCACCUGACCAUUAGCUUCCUCUUGCAUAGUUCUUGUUUAGACUGGCUGUAACCAUGCAAAGAAAGCAACUGUAUGGUCUUUGGUGAAGAGGUUUUGGUCUAGAAUUCUACAUAAAAAUCACACACACGAAAGCUUUAUAACAGCUUUUGAAGUGUAGAGCUUUGUUGCUUUAUAAAAUUGUAUAGCUGAUUUUGAACUACCUAAUCAUUGCUUCAUAUAUUUGUUUUUAUGCCCCCGAAGGUGGGCAUAUUAAAAUCGCACCGUCCGUCCGUCCGUCUGUCCGGCUCUGUAACUUUACCUUGUAUGGACAGAUUUUAAAAUAACUUCCCACAUGUGUUCCACAUACCAAGACAACGUGUGGCGUGCAAGACUCGUGUCCCUACCUCAAAGGUCAAGGUCACACUUAGUGUUUAUUCACAAUGGAGUGCUGUAUAUAAGGGCAUAGAGUAUAGGUUGUCGUGUCCGGGCUGUAACUUUCUCUUGUAUGGACAGAUUUUAAAAUAACUUGCCACAUGUGUACCACUUACCAAGACGACGUGUCGCGUGCAAGACCCGUGUCCCUACCUCAAAGGUCAAGGUCACACUUAGUGUUUAUUCACAACAGAGUGCUGCAUAUAAGGACAUAGAGUAUAGGUUGUCGUGUCCGGGCUGUAACUUUCCCUUGUAUGGACAGAUUUUAAAAUAACUUGCCACAUGUGUUCCUCAUACCAAGACGACGUGUCGUUUGCAAGACCCGUGUCCCUACCUCAAAGGUCAAGGUCACACUUAGUGUUUAUUCACAAUGGAGUGCUGCAUAUAAGGACAUAGAGUAUAGGUUGUCGUGUCCGGCCUGUAACUUUCCCUUGUAUGGACAGAUUUUAAAAUAACUUGCCAAAUGUGUUCCACAUACCAAGACAAUGUGUCGCGUGCAAAACCCAUGUCCCUAUCUCAAAGGUCAAGGUCACACUUAGUGUUUAUUCCUAAUGGAGUGCUGCAUAUAAGGACAUAGAGUAUAGGUUGCCGUGUCCGGGCUGUAACUUUCUCUUGUAUGGACAGAUUUUAAAAUAACUUGCCACAUGUGUUCCACAUACCAAGACGACGUGUC